AGAUAGCGCGCCUCGUAGCCGCGCGACCAGGUGACACCGGUUAGCGGCGGUAUUUUCAGCGUUGCGUCAUCGUGCGAGGUUUAUCGCCGCUUCGAAAUCGAGUUCGAAGCAACGUGCCUUGCUUUGUGUCGUUCCGCGAUACAGCAGCACUUCACGAUGGCGUUUUGGGAGUACACGCUGACAGGCUUCAAUGAUUUCCUCGAGCAGCGACGCGUCGCCUUCGCGGAGCCGAUGCCUGCAAGCCGCGUCUGCAGCAUCUGCGGCCGGGUGCCUUCUAGCACGGUACUGUUGCCCUGCGGUCACGUUUUGUGCGAUGAAUGCCGAGGUGAAGUCUUCGAAGGAAUGGAGUGCCCCUAUGACGGAAGAGCUUUCACGAAAGCCCAACUUGUCCGGCUUCGCUUCGAGCUGUCCGACCUUGAGCAGCUGCCCGUUGUGUGCGUGGUCGGCGGUAAGAAGUGUGCUGCAUUCGUUGGAAAAUUGUGCGAGCUGAAAGACCACCUGCGACAUUGUCGGAGCGGGGAAGUGAUGUGCGCCAAGUGUCAACGAUCUGUUGCACGUGACGUGGCCGUGGAUCACUACAGGCAGUGCUGUGACGGGAACGCUCCGCAACAUUCGUCGAGUGACGCGCGAGUGCGACGGGCCGUCCAAGAAGUCCGAGGCAUCAAAGAUGGUCUCGAAAGCUUGCGACAGCGGGCGUUGGGCGAGCGUGGAGGUGACGACGACCUUGUGAAUGAAGCCAACGACCUUGUUGAGAGAUUGACCUCCCUUGACCGUACGCUAUGCGAGGCGCAGGGAAAUGCGAGCGGCGUCGACCGAGAGGCCGUUUCUCUUCAAUCACUCCCGAGGAAACAAAUGGCUCCUGGACCUUUCCGUGCUGCGUCGAAGCCGGGCGUGUUUCACACGAUUUGCAAGUUCACGAAUGUGUACGCCGCGCGUGACUCACUCUCGAAGAACAAGAAGGAACACGUAAUAUCUACUGAGAAUUACACGCUAAGCGGCUACACCUUUUCUCUGGAUUGCAAGUUCUCGUUGUCGGGAAGUGAAGGCAACGAAGAGGCAAACGUGAAGUUCUUCUUGUUUCUGUGCGACGGGAAAUGGGACGAUUACGUUCAAUGGCCAUUCUCGAAAAAGGUGUGGUUGGUGAUCGCACACCCCAGAGAUGAGACCAAGGAUAUUAGGCUGACAAUCGACAUGAAAGAAUUCAAAUGUGCUAAGAAACCGCGCCCUGGUGCUUCGAAUUGGGGAAAAUGGACGGAGAUGAAGAAGUGGAAUGACAUUGAACUUCAAGGCUAUAUUGUCAAAGGCACCCUCUACAUCAAUGUGGAAUUUGAGUGACAGAGUGAGAGUAAGUGUUCAUGUCUAUUUCUUUUGUGGUUUUUGUAUCCCAUAGAAGUCGACCGAUUUCGCGGAAGCGAUGACACGUCUUUUCCUAUGACCGGACCUAUAGAGCUCGCUUCUAUCAUUUCUCACACUCCUCGUUUAAGGUGAAUAAAGCCUACCUGGGUACCUGAAGUCCUUUUGUUUCUAAAGUAUUCCGUUAUUGUUUGUAGUGUUCAUAUGUAGUUACAUGGUAUUUGUAUGUCGGAUGUGACAUUCCUGGUUCAAUUCUUAUCAAUAAAUUUCUUCAGAUCGGUAA